GGUGUUGUCAAAAUUGUAGUAGUUAAUACAGAGAGAGAGGGGCAUAUGCCCACCAUGAACACUUGUCUCUUAAUCCACACACCCUUCUUUCUCAACCAUUUUGCAAGCUCUUCUUUCUUUCUUCUUCUUGUUGUUAGAAGAAGUGAGUUUUCUAGAGAGAGAAAGUAAAGAAAGAAAAGGGAAGAAAAGGACCCAAGGAGAGGUAGAGGGGCAGAGAGAGAGAGAGAGAAGUAUUUUCCAGAUGCUCUUUCAAUGGGGAAAAAUGAGGACCCAAAUCUGCAGCAAAGAGAGCAGAGUCUUGAAUCAGGGAGCAAUCAAGGGCAUCAAGGAUGCUUGCAUGGGGGAUGUUGGGUGGUUUUGUCAAGGCUUUCAAAUGAGUUCAGUUUCAGAUGUGUUUUUGUUUUGUUUCUCACUUUGUCGGUUUUGUUGCCCGGGAUCUUCUGGAUCCUUCCUUUUCGCUCUGUUAAGUAUGGCUUUGAUGCUAAGCAAGCCAUUAAGCUCAGUGCGCCAGUUCAUGCAUACUUUAAACUUCAGAAACCAGUUUCAGAGCUUGUUCAGCAUAUUGGAAAGUUAGAGUAUGAUAUCUUUGAAGAAAUAGGUGUCCCUGAUACUAAGGUGGCUAUCUUAUCCAUGCACCAGUCAGGUGCAUCUAACUCUACCAAUGUGGUGUUUGGUGUUCUUUCUGAUCCCAUAAAUGUUCCAAUAAAUCCAGUAUCUUUAAGUGUGCUGAGAUCAUCUCUAAUCGAGCUGUUCCUCCAGCAAUCCAAUCUGACUUUGACAACUUCAAUUUUUGGGCAGCCUUCUGAGUUUGAGAUUUUGAAGUUUCCUGGAGGCAUCACUAUAAUCCCCGUGCAAUCUGCUUCCAUCUGGCAGAUAACCCAGAUUCUAUUUAAUUUUACUCUGAAUAAUUCGAUAUCUGAAAUACAGGACAAAUUCAUUGAAUUAAAGGAUCAGUUGAAAUAUGGACUUCGUCUGAGGUCUUAUGAGAAUGUGUUUGUGCAAUUAACAAACAAAAAUGGCUCCACAAUAUCUUCCCCAGUCAUAGUACAGGCUUCAGUCAUGUCAGAUUUUGGCAGCCUUCUGCCGCAGAGAUUAAAACAGUUGGCUCAAACCAUCACAGACUCUCCUGCAAAGAAUCUUGGUCUUAAUAACACAGUCUUUGGUAAAGUUAAAAGCAUUAGCUUAUCAUCUUAUCUGAAGGGUACACUUCAUGCUGCCCCUCCUACUCCUUCACCAGCUCCAUCUCCAGGGCCAUCAAUUUCCCCACAUCCUACUUUUCCACCAACUCACUCUCCAGCAUCACCACCCAAGAGUCAUCAUCGUCAUCUUCCACAUUGUCGUAAGUGCAAAGCUACUUCUCCAUCUGCUCAUAGUCCCCUGCAUUCACCAAGUCCUGGAAGUGGUUCCUACCCAUCUUUUCCUCCUACUCCAAUUUCUCCUGCACCCUCUAGUGCAGUGACUCAUCCCCCUCCCCCCUGUCCAUACUCUCAUCAUGCAGUUUCGCCAAGUUCUUCACCAAGAUCUCAUUCUAACCUAAUUCCUCACCACCCGCCUGUAAUGAGUCCCCGGUCACAGUUGUCCCCAGAACUACCACCUUUACCUUCAGUGUCUUAUGGGUCUCGGCCAGGCCAUGGUAUGGAAAGUAUGAAAGGUCCAGUUUCUGCACCACUUGCUCAGUCUCCAUCAGCGCCAUCUCCAUCAUCUUUAGCAGUGCGUGUUCUAACCAAGGAAGUCUGGUUACUGGGCUUUUUUGGACUUGUGAUCUUUCAUCUACUCUUAUGAUCGAAUUGAUACAUUUUGCAUCAUACCACCCACAGCUCCGAGACGUCCAAAAGACCAUGAUAGAGGAUGUUCAUUUCUCAAUUUUGAUGUGGCAAGGAUGAUAGAAGCACCUGUGAAAAGUUUCGAAGUUUUUUCCUUUUCCUUCAGGCAAGCAAUGUACAUGUAAAUGAGAUGGAAGAUGAACUGCUGGUCAAAGCCAGAGAGGUGGCAGGCCACUCAUCUUACUACAAAUGCUUAUGAUGUCACGACAAAAAAACAACACCGGGAUGUUUUUCCCAAAGGGAAUAACUCCCUAGAGAUGGUGUGACUACUUAAGAAGCAGGCAUCACCAUGCAGGUUUUAAAGAAGAACCAUCUCUUAUAUUGAUUCAAGUGUAAAGAAUAUGCUGGUUCUUUUUGAGCAACUGUAAUGUCGGGUAAAAGGGAAACAUGUUAUGCUGAAAUGUAAAAGCUAGUGUCUUAUAAUACUGAAGGAACGAUGAAAGAGUAUAUAUAUUUAUAUGAAUUCAGCAUGUUGAGUAGCU